AUGAAGCGGUUCAUUGGAAAAAGUCGUCGGGAUAACGGCGUUGGCCCCGGAUUGACCACAAAUGAGACUGUCUUCUUGGGGUUGACGAGCUGCCCCACCCUACAGUGGAAAGGCUCUGUCUUCAAUUUUGUCGAAGUUGAGGUCGGGAGCAAUGAGGGUGUUGAGGAAUCUCGCGGUACUGGUCCAUGGUAUGAAUGUGGCGACUCGCUGCACGGCGUUUGGCUGUAG